CAAUCUUUUCUCCGAUAAUUCGCAUCAAGCAUAACUAACAACGAGAAGUUGUGUUGCCAUGAGGUACGAGGAGCAAGAUGAGGCAGUUCGCUCACUGGAGCAUUUCGCCAGCGACACAGACGCCGAAGGCGAAGACGCUCCCUUAAUCCCUGAUCUAUCUGGUGCGGUUUCACCACAGACCCCAUUGUCGAGAAAAAGCGUUCUGCGAGUAAUUCUACUAUGCGCAUCGGCUACUUUAAUUCUAGACAUUGGUCUUACGCUUGUGCGUGCACCGAAGAUCCGCUUGUUCGAGUCUAUCCUGUGCCAGGCAUACUAUCGAACGCAUGGCAGUGCCCUCCCAGUGCCGAUGCAGGACAUUCCCGAGUCCCAAUGUAAGACAAAGGAGAUCCAGUCCGGGGUCGCCCGUUUGAUCGGUUGGCAGACGGUGUUUGACGGGAUUCCAGCCAUUUUCCUGGCCAUUCCCUACGGAGCGCUAUCCGAUUCCAAAGGCCGCAGGCCAGUUCUAUUAAUGUGCUUUCUGGGCCUGGCGCUGUCGACUGCGUGGGCCUUGCUCGUGUGCUGGAUGCAGUGGCCCUUGGAAUUAACGUGGAUCUCGUCUCUAUUCCAAUGCUUAGGGGGCGGUCCCGCGGUGGCUACCGCAGUCUUGGAAGCCACCAUUGCCGAUGUGGUGCCGGAUGAUAAAAGGUCCACCAUCUACUUCCAGUUGCAAGCCGCGGUAUUGAUCUCUGAUAUCCUUGCAAACCCCCUGUCAUCUGUCCUGAUGGCCCACAAUCAGUGGACUCCCUGCUUUCUAGGCGUAGGAAUUCAAGCCCUUGCCACCGUCCUGCUGAUGGCCUUGCCCGAAACGCUAGACUUUUCCAGGGUGUCACGGCCGUUAGAUGCGUCGAUCGAUGGCUGCAAGGAAGAGGAGCCGACGCUGCGUGGCUGCUUGGCAAAGAACUUCCGUAUCAUCGUGUUGGACCGAAAUAUCGCUGGUCUGGUAUUCAGUCUCCUCAUAUUGACCAUUAGUGCGGAGUCGCUGGGUUUCCUGCUACAGUAUGUUUCGCAACGGUACGGCUGGUCGAUCGCUCAGUCGGCGAUGCUUCUCUCUUUACGAGCCAUGGUGGAGUUUGGGCUCCUUCUCGUCCUGGGGUCCCUGCUCUUGUUCGUCAAGGGUCCGGGUCUUCGUGAUCCCCAACAGCGUGAUCUAUUAAUCGCCCGGUUUAGUCUAGGACUCAUCAUCCUAGGGCUUCUAAUCCUGUCGUUGUCCCCCACCGUGGCCCCGGCAAUCCUUGGCCUUAUAGUCUACACUCUCGGCGCGGGCUUCCAACCCGCCGUAAUGAGCCUCCUCGCCUCUCUCUGGAAGGCCUCUAACCCCUCUAACCUCGGCAGUCUUUACAGCACUGUUGCCAUAAUCCUCGCGGUGGGCGGCGUGGUCGCCGGUCCUUUGAUCUCGCUGAUGUAUCGGAUUGGCCUCUCAUUAGGUCAUGCAUGGGUGGGCCUGCCUUACUUUGUGGCUUCGGGUCUCUGUGCAGGGAUUGCAGUUGUUUUGUUGUCUGUUACAUUACCAGGACGAGAAUGAGAACCAGGACGAAGUGAAAUGUGAUACUGGUUUGUUUGGGAAUGAAAUUGAAACGUGAAAUGAAACGGGACGGGACAGAAAGAAAUGGAAUGACAUGAGAUGAGCUGCAUUUCGCUCCAAAGGGACGAUUUGACGGAUAUGUGGAUAGAUGGAUGGCCCUGUAGG